CGGCCGCUGGCGGCGCUGCCGUAGAAGGCGAGGGGCGGUGCCGCCCCCUCCGCGCCCCGCCCCGCCCCGCCGCGCCCCGGUCCCCAAGCCGCGCGGAGCGCAGCGCAGGACAGCGGGAGCUGAGGAUCGCGGAGCCGGCCAUGGGCAAGUCAGCCUCCAAACAGUUUAAUAACGAGGUCCUGAAGGCCCACAAUGAGUACCGACGGCAGCACGGUGUCCCCCCGCUGAAGCUCUGCUCAAAGCUCAACCGAGAGGCCCAGCAGUAUUCCGAAGCCCUGGCCAGCACGAGGAUCCUCAAGCACAGCCCGGAGUCCAGUCGUGGCCAGUGUGGGGAGAACCUCGCGUGGGCAUCAUAUGAUCAGACAGGAAAGGAAGUGGCUGAUAGAUGGUACAGUGAAAUCAAGAACUACAACUUCCAGCAGCCUGGCUUCACCUCAGGGACCGGACACUUCACAGCCAUGGUGUGGAAGAACACAAAGAAGAUGGGGGUGGGGAAGGCAUCUGCCAGUGACGGGUCCUCCUUUGUGGUGGCCAGAUACUUCCCAGCAGGGAAUGUUGUCAACCCUGGCUUCUUCGAAGAAAAUGUUCUGCCUCCAAAGAAGUAACCUGUGGAGCCGAACAGGAAGGUGUGAGUCUAAGAACACGGAUGUGAAGUGCCCUAGAACAAUGAGCGACAGCUACGUGUCUGUCCCUGUGGAUGUAUGUGCCUGGUUUGUGAUGCAUGUGGGCAUCGCCUGGGCACAUUUUGUAGAUAUACAGCUCACUGAUUAAAGGAAUGACCAGUAUCCGAAGCCUUACCCAGAGGGUUACCCAGACCACAAUUAUUUGGAUUGGGGAGGGUUUAAGUUUUUAAAUUUUUUUUAAAGCGUAAUUCUUUUGUAUCUUUCUUACUUCUAAUAUUCAUCCUUGGACAUUUUGUAUUCCAAAUAUUUGUGAUCCCAAGAUGGGAAGUUUAUCUGAUCUUCAUGUGUUGUGUCUACUUUUGGUAGAUAUUUGAAUAUUAAACCCUCAUUUCGAUGUGACAUAGCUUGAAAUGCAUAAUAGAAAGCAGCUGGCAUCAGAUGCACAGAGCAGCCCGGGGCUGCAUUUCAUGGAGCCGUUGAGAUUUCUCAGUGUCAAACAUGAUGUCAUCCUGCAGGCCUCCUAGGUCCUCUCAUGGUAUUGUCAAAGAACAAAUGGAGAAAAUAACUUUACUUCCUUUCAUUUUUCUACCUUUAAAUAUCAAACUUCAGUACCGCCACCCAUGCCACCCACAUACACCUUUUUUCUUCAGCUGUUCUGUAUUUCGGAGCUCAGUGUGCUGCUGAGUAAUUUGGCUAGCCCUGGAAUGCCCUUCUAACCCUGUGAAGCGGCCGGCCUGAUGUGGAGACAGCCGCUUGCAUUGCCUGGGCUCCGGGCCAAGUGGCCUUGGGUGGAUAAAAUCAGUAGUAUGGGGACGAGUGAGCUCACUCAGGGCCCCGGGAGGAAGCAGAAGCCGCUGCCCUUCCCCUACACAGGGCGAAGCCCAAGCCAGUUCCUGGCAGCUGUCGCUGCAGCUGUGCUGCUGCUCCUCCAGGAAUGCAUGACAAACUCAAAUGCUCCAAGGAGGUGUCCAAGGCAGGGGGCUUAGAAGCCCUAAUUUGGCUCUGAGUUUUGCCUCAAACUACAGAGUUUCCCUGAAUAGCAGUUUUAUAAGGUCUGUGUGGGAGGAGACUCUCAGAUGCCCCAGCUAACUGUCUUUGCAACUGUGGUCUCUGGGCCUGCCAAGAUAGCAGGGUCCAGGGAAGGGUCACUGGCCUGCAGUCUGGACCAGCCAGUGUUUGAAACAACUUUUGAAAGUCCAUGGUGCAAUGUGAACAUAGUCGUACGCUGUACCCCUCAUUUCAUCCAGGGCAUAUUAAUAAUAAAAUCUUUUUCUUUUGUGUAA